UUUUUUUUUGUUUCUUGUCAUUUCUUUACAAUACCACCACAAGAAAUACCAAAAUAAUGACCAGUUUUAUUGAUAGACAAACAACUGAUUAUAUUGAUUCUGAUUUAAGUAUUGAUGGAGUAGAUGAUAAUAGUCAAGAAUCCUCUUUUGAUGAUGAUUAUAGUGAAGAUAGCGAAUAUGAUGCUGAAGCACAAUGGGAAGAAAAUAUAGCUCAAUUGAAUGCUCUUUGUUCCUUAGUAAUAUUUCCUUUUGUAGGGAAAUGGUUAGGUAGAAAGUGCUCUUUUUGGUGUAAGUAAUAUAGAAUGAUUAAGAAGAAAAUGAUUUUACUUAUUAUUAUUUAUUAUUAUUAUUUAGUAUGGUCUCGAUGGUCUCGUUCAUCUUUUACUUUAGAUUAUUCAUCUUCCUUUUUAUCAUUUCAAUCACUCAAUACUAUGAAAUUUUUAUCCCAAUAAAACACUUUUUAUUUUUUUUUACUGUCAAAAUGUU